AUGGACACCACAAGAAACAACAGCACUAAGCUCCAUCUCCAAACUCAGCUUCUGUUUCCUCCUAAUAUGGAGAAAAACUCAGAUAUUGCUGAGCCAAGAAUGAGCACAAACCCAUUUGCAGAAGAAUCACUCACAAGCAGAAUCAAUUUCAAGGAAACUCAAGAUUUCAUCAGAUCACUUCCAAUUUCAUCAAACCAAAGCAGCAGCAGCAGCAGUGACAUGGCGAACGAAAGGAGACAGAGCUUCUCAUCACAAAAGAGCAUUGGAGAAGGAAGAAGCAGUGGACAGAGAAGAUUGAUGUUAAUGGAGUCUCCUUGCACUCCAGGAAGAGGAGUCUUCAGUUUCAGUAGCAGUGUCUCUGGUAGAAGAAGAAACUUCCCUUCCAAAUGGAUUGAUGCCGAGAAAUGGGUCACCUCCGGUCAUGAUUCUCCGGCACACUCCCUCAAACACAGUCAAAUGAGUAACAACUCCCAAUUUGAUGGCUUCAAGCACCAGGUUGAAGUUGUGUACUCAGAGAAAUCUAGGGUUACGGAGGAGAAAGUCUCAUUAUCUCCACCAGAUCUCAUCCUUAAAGAUAAGUUGGCAAACGAAGUGCAACAUAUUCUGCCGUCUACGGAAGGGUUUAUCUUCAGAGAUUCGGACAAGUUUCUUCAGUACGAGGAAGAAGAAGAAGCUCAAAUCCAACACAGAGACAUGGGAACAGAGAUGACACCAAUCGGAAGUGUAACGACUUCAAGAUGUCACACGCCGUUUACAAGCUCAUCUCCGGCUAGACACAACACGCCUUCGAAAAUGUCCGGUCCGUUAACAGAAACCAAAAACGUUAUAGACAUCUCCGAGUUCGCUGACAAGCUCAGACUCAGUGGUGCAGCAGCGAGUCAGUACUAUAACUCGGUGGCGAGUCAUUGGAACUCGAGGGAAGAAGAAGAGGAAGAGGUGUCGAAGAGUUUACGACAUUUCGAUAUGGAGAGUGAGUUACGAAGAAGUGUCUCUGAAUCUAAAUCUAAAGCUACUUUAUGGGAUGAUGGUGAAGACGACAAGAUCAAAUUUUGUCAAAGGUAUCAAAGAGAAGAAGCCAAAAUCCAGGCAUGGGUUAAUCUCCAAAAUGCUAAAGCCGAAGCUCAAUCCAGGAAACUCGAGGUGAAAAUUCAGAGGAUGAGAUCAAAUUUGGAGGAGAAACUGAUGAAGAGAAUGGAUACAGUGCACCGGAGAGCGGAGGACUGGAGAGCUACGGCGAGGCAACAACAUGCUGAGCAAAUGCAAAAGGCCACAGAGACGGCGAGGAAGUUGACAAACCGCCGUGGAUAUUUGGUUUCCGGACAAGUGGAUCUUCGUAAGCUAAAAGAAGAAGAGCAAACUGGUAAAAGCAAAAAACCUUCUUCGAUAUCGCAGAUCAAUCAUCUGACACUAAGGUUUUACAGAUCCAAAUCGCCGAAGAAGAAGAUGUUUCUCACUAGGACUGAGUAUGACAGAGGAGUCAACACUUUCUCUCCUGAAGGCAGGCUCUUUCAGGUCGAGUAUGCCAUUGAAGCUAUCAAGCUUGGAUCUACCGCAAUAGGAGUGAAGACCAAAGAGGGAGUUGUCCUUGCUGUUGAGAAGCGUAUCACAUCGAUUUUACUGGAGCCGAGCAGUGUGGAGAAGAUUAUGGAAAUUGAUGACCAUAUUGGCUGUGCCAUGAGUGGUUUGAUUGCUGAUGCUCGUACACUUGUUGAGCAUGCAAGAGUUGAGACUCAAAACCACAGAUUCUCCUAUGGUGAGCCAAUGACUGUAGAGUCCACCACACAAGCGCUUUGUGAUCUGGCUUUACGUUUCGGUGAAGGAGAUGAAGAAUCUAUGUCUCGGCCAUUUGGAGUAUCUCUUCUCAUUGCUGGUCAUGAUGAAAACGGACCGAGCUUGUACUACACAGAUCCAUCUGGAACUUUCUGGCAGUGCAAUGCAAAGGCCAUUGGUUCAGGCUCAGAAGGAGCUGAUAGUUCUCUUCAAGAGCAAUUCAACAAAGACCUGACCCUCCAAGAAGCUGAGACGAUCGCUGUAUCUAUCCUGAAGCAAGUUAUGGAAGAGAAGGUGACUCCAAAUAAUGUGGAUAUUGCCAAGGUAGCACCAGCUUAUCAUCUCUACACUCCACAAGAAGUCGAAGCAGUCAUCGCUCGUCUUUGA